AGGUCAGUCAAGAAAAUGCCUCGCCCGCGUUCGGAAGUCUUUGUGGGACUGGGACUGGCACUGCUUACGAUCCUGGGAUCAGUCCUGGCUCGCUCGAAUCUCAGCAGCUUGCAGGAACUGGAGCUCAGCUCGCUGCGCACCCACAAACAGCUUUUGCAGGCGGAGAUUGCCAGGCUUUUUCUAGAGCAACCGCCUCGAGCGGAGACUCAACUUAUGCUUGACGACCUGCAGCUGAGAGAUCACCAAUUGGGUCUGCAAAUAGAGAACCUGGAGGGAAUCUCCAAGGGCGAGACCACCCAGAGGCUGGCCAUCAAUCUGACCGCUGACUUUGAGCACCUGCAGCACAAGCUGGACGACUUAAAACGUCAACUUGAGCUGCUAAAUGGACGGUUUGCCUCCCAAGGAAAGCAGCUGGAAGGACACUCAGCGGAAAUAGCUCCGCCGGCGCCCUCCGGAUUGGGAUCCUUCCUCUGGGGACCCUUGCUAACCUUGCCUGAGUUUCCGCAGCACAGUGUGGUGGCCAGUGACCAACAACAUAGCCACCAUCAGCAGGAUCACCAGCAGGACCAGCAGCAGGGAUCCAGUCCCUCCAUCAUCAAACGUGUGCUGGACAUGCUUAGGCCUUCCGUGGGAGUGGCCGGCCUAAAAAGCCGUUGGGCCGAAUCAGAGAAAUCAGCUGGAUCGGCAACGACGAAGCCCGUCCUCCAGAAGCCCGUCCUCAGCGCCGAGGAGCUCCUCCCACAGCUGCAGGAGCAGCGCAGGUUCCUCGAUAAUGCCAUUACCAGACUGGAGCUUCUGGCGGCCACCAAGGGCUCAAAAACAAAAUUGAAUUAAUUAGGCGUUAAUUAGUAAUAUAAGAAUAUAUGAAAAACCCUGAGGAAAAUACACGUUCAGAUCCAGCAGCAAGAAGAAAGAUAAAAUACUCGUCACACAGAGGAUAAAUAUUAAUCAAUUUAUAUUGCCAGAGAUAAGAAGCUGU